CCGGCAAGAUGGCCCAGCGCUGAUUUACGCGCCGGCCGCGCCGACGGUCACUCGUCCCCGGGUCUCGGAGCCCCCCGCCCGGCCCCCGAGCCUCGAAGCUUCACGGCCCUCGAGCUGUCCUGGCCUGUCUCGCCCAUGGCGGUGGCCGCGCUGUACACGCAGUACAACAGGGUAUGGAUUCCUGAUCCUGAAGAAGUUUGGAAGUCUGCUGAGAUAGCAAAAGACUACAGAGUUGGUGACAAAGUCCUGAGACUCUUGCUGGAGGAUGGAACGGAGCUGGAUUAUUCCAUUGAUCCAGAAUCCCUGCCUCCGCUUCGGAACCCCGACAUCCUCGUGGGCGAGAAUGACCUCACGGCCCUCAGCUAUCUCCACGAGCCCGCGGUGCUCCACAAUCUCAGAGUCCGCUUUGCAGAAUCCAAACUCAUUUACACCUACAGUGGAAUCAUUCUGGUGGCCAUGAAUCCUUACAAGCAGUUGCCGAUCUACGGAGAUGCCAUCAUCCACGCCUACAGCGGGCAGAACAUGGGCGAUAUGGACCCACAUAUAUUUGCCGUGGCUGAAGAGGCAUACAAGCAGAUGGCCAGAAACAAUAAAAAUCAGUCAAUAAUAGUAAGUGGGGAGUCAGGUGCCGGGAAGACUGUGUCUGCUCGCUACGCCAUGAGGUAUUUUGCCACCGUCAGCAAGUCCAGCAGUAACACCCACGUGGAGGACAAGGUUCUGGCAUCAAACCCCAUAACAGAGGCGGUGGGAAACGCCAAGACCACCCGCAAUGACAACAGCAGUCGGUUUGGGAAAUACACAGAGAUCAGCUUUGACGAGAGGAAUCAGAUUAUAGGAGCCAACAUGAGGACGUACCUGCUGGAGAAAUCCAGAGUCGUCUUUCAGUCGGAAAAUGAACGAAAUUACCACAUUUUUUAUCAGCUUUGUGCAUCUGCCCAGGAGUCGGAAUUUAAACAUCUUAAAUUGGGGAGUGCAGAAGAAUUUAACUACACAAGAAUGGGAGGCAGCACGGUCAUCGAGGGCGUGAAUGACAGGGCAGACAUGGUAGAGACACAGAAGACCUUCACGCUACUGGGUUUCAAGGAGGAUUUUCAGAUGGACAUUUUUAAGAUCCUAGCAGCCAUCCUACAUCUGGGCAACGUGCAGAUUACAGCGGUGGGCCACGAGAGGUCUUCUGUCAGUGAGGACGACAGGCACCUGAAAGUGUUCUGUGAGCUCCUGGGCCUGGAGAGGGCCAAAGUUGCCCAGUGGCUCUGCAGUCGCAGACUCAUCACAACCUCCGAGACAGUGGUGAAGCCCAUGACCAGGCCCCAGGCAGUCACCGCUAGGGACGCACUGGCCAAGAAGAUCUACGCUCACCUGUUCGACUUCAUUGUGGAGAGAAUUAACCAAGCGUUGCAGUUUUCAGGCAAGCAGCACACUUUUAUUGGUGUUUUGGACAUUUAUGGUUUUGAAACCUUUGAUGUGAACAGCUUUGAACAGUUUUGCAUCAAUUACGCUAAUGAGAAGCUGCAACAGCAGUUUAACCUGCAUGUCUUUAAACUUGAACAAGAAGAAUACAUGAAGGAAGAUAUCCCUUGGACUCUGAUAGAUUUUUAUGACAACCAACCAGUUAUUGACCUGAUCGAAGCCAAAAUGGGUAUUUUGGAGUUACUGGAUGAAGAAUGCUUGUUACCACAUGGAACUGAUGAAAACUGGCUUCAAAAGCUGUAUAAUAAUUUUGUCAACAAGAACUCUUUCUUUGAGAAACCCAGGAUGUCAAAUGCAUCCUUCAUCAUCCAGCACUUUGCUGACAAGGUAGAAUAUAAAUGUGAAGGUUUCCUUGAAAAGAACAGAGAUACCGUCUAUGACAUGCUGGUUGAAAUCAUGAGAGCGAGCAAGUUCCAACUCUGCGCCAGCUUUUUUCAAGAAAGUCCGGUUCCUCCUUCCCCUUUCAGGUCAGCGAUCACAGUUAAAUCUGCAAAGCCAGCCAUCAAGCCAAGCAACAAGCAGUUCCGGACCACAGUGGGGAACAAGUUCCGCAGCUCUCUGUAUUUGCUCAUGGAAACCCUCAAUGCAACCACACCCCACUAUGUGCGAUGCAUCAAGCCAAACGAUGAGAAAUUACCCUUCGAGUUCGACUCCAGAAGGAUUGCUCAGCAGCUGCGAGCCUGCGGCGUCUUAGAGACGAUUCGCAUCAGUGCGCAGAGCUACCCAUCCAGGUGGACGUACAUCGAAUUCUAUAGUCGCUACGGUGUGCUCAUGACCAAACAGGAGCUUUCAUUCAGUGAUAAAAAGGAGGUGUGCAAAGUGGUUUUACACAGGCUCAUCCAGGAUUCUAAUCAGUACCAGUUUGGUAAAACCAAAAUUUUCUUCAGAGCAGGACAAGUGGCCUAUUUAGAGAAACUCCGACUUGAUAAGCUCAGGCAGAGUUGUGUUGUGAUACAAAAGCACAUCCGUGGCUGGCUCCAGAGAAAAAAGUUUCUCCGAGAAAGACAAGCUGCUCUGACCAUCCAGCAGUACUUCCGGGGUCAGCAGACCGUGAGGAAAGCUGUUACGGCAACAGCCUUGAAAGAAGCAUGGGCCGCCAUCAUCAUUCAGAAGUACUGUCGUGGGUAUCUUGUCCGCAGUUUGUACCAGCUGAUCCGCGUGGCUGCCAUUACCAUCCAGGCCUAUACCCGAGGACUCCUGGCAAGGAGGAGGUACCGAAAGAUGCUGGAGGAACACAAGGCUGUGAUCCUACAGAAAUAUGCACGGGCGUGGCUGGCCCGACGCAGAUUCCAGAGUAUCCGACGAUUUGUGCUCAACAUUCAGCUCACUUACAGGGUCCAGCAUUUGCAGAAAAAGCUAGAAGAUCAGAACAAAGAGAACCAUGGGCUGGUGGAGAAGCUGACCAGCCUCGCCGCUCUUCGGGCCGGUGACACGGAGAAGAUGCAGAAACUGGAAUCCGAGCUGGACAAAGCAGCUGCCCACAGGCACAGUUAUGAGGAGAAGGGGAAGAAAUACAAGGCCGCCAUGGAAGAGAAACUGGCAAAGCUUCAGAAGCGUAACUCAGAACUGGAAAUACAAAAGGAGCAAAUAGAGCUGCAGCUCCAAGAGAAGACUGAAGAGCUGAAAGAAAAGAUGGACGGCCUCACCAAGCAGCUCUUUGAUGAUGUGCAAAAAGAGCAAGAACAGAGAAUACUUCUUGAAAAAAGUUUUGAACUGAAAACACAAGACUAUGAGAAGCAGAUCUGGUCUUUGAAAGAAGACAUUCAAGCUCUCAGAGCGGAGAAAACGCACCUGCAGCACCAGCUAGAGGAAGAACGGGUCACCUCCAAUGGCUUAAAGGGGGAGGUGGCCCAACUGAGAAAGCAGGCAAAGACAAUCUCUGAGUUUGAAAAGGAGAUAGAGCUACUUCAGACACAGAAGAUAGAUGUGGAGAAACACGUGCAGUCACAGAAACGGGAAAUGAGAGAAAAGAUGUCCGAGAUCACCAAACAACUUCUUGAAAGUUACGACAUUGAAGAUGUUAGAAGCAGGCUCUCGUUGGAAGAUUUGGAACAUUUAAAUGAGGAUGGAGAACUUUGGUUUGCUUAUGAAGGACUAAAGAAAGCAACACACGUGUUGGAGAGCCAUUUCCAGUCCCAGAAGGACUCCUAUGAAAAGGAGAUCGAAGCUUUGAACUUCAAAGUGGUGCACCUAAGUCAAGAGAUCAACCACCUGCAGAAAUUAUUUAGAGAAGAAACUGACAUCAAUGAAAGUAUCCGUCAUGAAGUCACCAGGCUAACUUCGGAGAACAUGAUGAUCCCAGACUUUAAACAGCAGAUUUCAGAACUGGAGAAACUAAAGCAAGAUCUGGAAAUCCGCCUGAAUGAACAAACGGAAAGCAUGAAAGGCAAACUGGAAGAAUUGUCUAAUCAGUUGAACCGCAAUCGUGAAGAGGAAGGAACACAAAGAAAGACCCUAGAGGCCCAAAAUGAAAUACACACCAAAGAGAAAGAGAAGCUGAUCAGUAAGAUUCAAGAAAUGCAGGAGGCCAGCGAGCACUUGAAGAAACAAUUUGAAACUGAGAGUGAAGUCAGGAGUACCUUCCGGCAGGAAGCGUCUCGUCUAACCAUGGAAAACAGGGAUCUUGAAGAAGAGUUAGACAUGAAGGACAGAGUGAUUAAAAAGCUACAAGAUCAAGUCAAGACUCUAACCAAGACGAUUGAAAAGGGCAAUGAUGGCCACUUGUCCUCAGGACCCAGGGAGUACCUUGGAAUGCUGGAGUACAAGAUGGAAGAUGAGGACAAGCUCAUCCAAAACCUCAUUCUUGACUUGAAGCCGCGAGGCGUGGUGGUGAACAUGAUCCCAGGGCUGCCGGCUCACAUCCUGUUCAUGUGUGUGCGCUACGCGGACUCUCGGAAUGAUGCCGGUAUGGUCAAGUCCCUCAUGAACAGCACCAUCAAUGGCAUCAAGCAAGUGGUUAAGGAACAUGUAGACGAUUUUGAGAUGCUGUCUUUUUGGCUUUCCAAUACGUGUCAUUUCCUCAACUGCCUGAAGCAGUACAGUGGAGAAGAGGAAUUCAUGAAGCUUAAUAGUCCACAUCAGAAUAAGAAUUGCUUGAACAAUUUUGACCUCUCAGAAUACAGACAGAUUCUUAGUGAUGUGGCUAUACGAAUCUAUCAUCAGUUCAUUGUUGUAAUGGAAAACAACAUUCAACCAAUAAUAGUGCAGGGCAUGCUGGAGUACGAGAGCCUGCAGGGCAUUUCUGGCCUGAAGCCCACCGGCUUCCGGAAGCGGUCCUCCAGCAUAGAUGACACGGACGGCUACACAAUGACCUCCGUCUUGCAGCAGCUAAGCUACUUCUACAGCACCAUGUGCCAGAAUGGCCUGGACCCUGAGCUGGUGAGGCAGGCCGUGAAGCAGCUCUUCUUCUUGAUCGGGGCCAUCACCCUGAACAGCCUCUUCCUGCGCAAAGACAUGUGCUCCUGCAGAAAAGGGAUGCAGAUCAGGUGCAACAUCAGCUACUUAGAAGAAUGGCUUAAAGAUAAGAAUUUGCAGAACAGCUUGGCCAAGGAAACUUUGGAACCUCUCUCUCAGGCAGCCUGGUUGCUUCAGGUCAAGAAGACCACAGACAGCGAUGCCAAGGAGAUCUAUGAACGCUGUACCUCACUGUCUGCUGUGCAGAUCAUAAAGAUCCUUAAUUCAUACACACCUAUAGAUGACUUUGAGAAAAGAGUGACUCCAUCUUUUGUUCGUAAAGUACAGGCUCUCCUAAAUAACCGGGCGGAUUCAUCCCAGCUGAUGUUGGAUACAAAAUAUCUCUUCCAAGUUACAUUUCCUUUUACCCCCUCUCCACAUGCUCUGGAAAUGAUCCAGAUCCCCAGCAGUUUUAAGCUAGGCUUUCUCAAUAGGUUAUAGCAGGAGAAAAGAGAGUAAGUGUACUUUUCCCUCAGAAGCUAAAUGAAGAGCAAAUAUGAGGGAUGUGGUUUAUUAUUGGAACUGGAAAUGCUUUGGAAUGUGAUAUAAGGAAGAACAUAAGAAUUCUCCAAGAUGGGCCACAUCUUCUCUUGCUCCCGGUGAUGGUGUCACCACUGUCAUUCUGUAAGAGUUAACACACACUAGCUGGGGUUGGAAAGGCCACGUCUACCUUCAGAAGCACAGCCAGCUUUUACUGGGAUUCCUGGAAGGCCCGUAUUUUCUAGAUCUGUCUUGGGACAGGGCUCCCCCACCCAGAGGGCGUAGGAUCCUGGAGACCCGUGUCUCCUACGUUUUCUAAUGUUUUUGUGAGGCCCAGGUACAUUUAUGAAGCCACAGGUGGGGUCCAGGGCUGAGUCCUCCAGGAAAUAAUCCCAUUUGGCCACAAGGUCCUGUCAAAAGUCCUCUGACCCCAGGCCUCCUGCCCCAGGGCGGAGGGGUUGGGGUUCAUUCACUUUUUAUUAAAAAUGCUCCUGCAUGCAAAAACAUUUAUAAUUUCAGGUUCCUCUAGUUUUUAAGAGAAUAUUCAAUCUGAAGUGAAUCAUAUGAAGUAUUUUAUAUAU